AUGAAAAUAGGAAUACAGAACAGUUACAUGGGAUUUCUUGACUACAGGAAGAAAACUAUUCAGAAGCUAAGUAUAAGCCCAAGCACUUGUUCCUUUAACCCAGGAGUAUUUGUAGCCAACAUGACUGAGUGGAGGCAACAGCACAUCACAAAGAAGCUGGAAAAAUGGAUGAAGAAAAAUGUGGAAGAGAAUCUAUACAGCAGCACUGUUGGUGGAGGUGUAGCUACUCCUCCCAUGCUUAUUGUCUUCCAUGAUAAACAUUCCCCAAUUACUCCAAACUGGCACAUCAGACAUUUGGCAGGAUGGAGUCCAGAUGAUCAGAUUUCACAGAGUGUCCUUAGGGAUGCCAAGCUGCUUCACUGGAAUGGAAGAUACAAACCCUGGCGAAUCCCUAGCUCACACAGCAAACUCUGGGAGAGAUGGUUUAUUCCAGACCCCACAGGAAAGUUCCAGAUUCACAAACUGUGA